AUGGCGGACGGUUACCAGCUGUGGGCGCCGCGCUCGCCCCUCGACGAGUCGCUGCGGUGGCUGCGCGGCGGCGCGGCGCGGCCCGCCACGGCGCACCCCUUCCGCGGCGGCGGCCCCGGCGCCCAGGCGGCGGCGGCAGCGGCGGGGCCGGGGCUGCGCGGCCGCGGGGCGGCGCUGCGGCGGCCGCAGGCCUUGCGGCUGCGCGGCCUGGAUGCCGUUUUCGGGCGGCUGGUGACGGCGCAGCCGCCGCGCUGGACCGGGGCGCUGCGGGUGUCGGAGCGCUCGGCCUUCUGCCGGGUGGUGAGCCCUCGGCAGCGGCGGCCCUGCGCGCUGCGGGCGCCGCAGGCCCGCGCCGCCGCCGCCAUGUGCCGCCAGAUGCUGCGCGCCAUCCUGCUGCUGUACGCCGCCUACAAGAAGUGUGCCUUCGUCCUGCAGCACUCCCGCUGA